GCCCCUAGUAUCAUGGACACCAGCGCUGAGGAAGGGUCAGUUUCUCCCUGCUCUCCGAUUUUUGUGUGAAGUCUCCCUCAAAAGAUACCUAAAUACUUAGCCUAAGACUAUGGCAAGUGAAGGGAUCGAGACGAAUAAACCAAGAAGGAAAAAGUAUUUUAUAUGUGGUUAUUUUUAUACCAUACAAGUGUUGAUGUGAGCGUGGCAGGCAAAACAGAGAGAGAAAAAAAUAGAGUUCAUAAAAGAAUGCUGAAAUAUAUGCCGCUGAAGGAGGAUGACACCUCUCAUACUCCCGAUGACGAAUCUCUCAAGGUUAACUCUCUUUCAAGAACUUCCUCGGGCUCCUUAGCAGACGCCCAAGGACAGUCUCAAAGCUCGUCCAGAGAUUUACCCAUGUUCAACUCAUCCACCUCCCUUUCAUCGGCGCCUUCUUCACAUAGCUCUCACUCGUCAGCAUCAUCUAAUAUGCUCCUGACGCCGACCUCAAACGAUUGCCGAGAGUCACCGUUGGUAUCGCGUGGCUCAGCUUCCUCGUUGAGUACCAGGAGCUCCGUGCCCUUGUCGACCGCGAAAAGAAGUUUGACUUUGCCGUCGCCGUCUUCACCGACGUCUCUCGAAUCGGCGCUCAUCGGGCUGGCGAAGACAGCUAUAGCUCCUUCGAAGAUCCUUGCUGACCCCUUGGAGAAGCUCGUCGAACAGCGAAACGAACUCAUGUCUGAGCUUAUUACAACUGUAGGAAGCAGAAGAGCAAAUAAUCUGUUCGUGAACCACGCUCAGCAGUGGCACUACUUGCUGGUGUACGCCGAGGAAGACGCUGCCCUUGGCACUAAGCUGCGGAAGAUACUGGAGGGGUACGAGUACGUUACUGUGGCUGGGCCGUGGGAGGUCCGGCUGGGUGACCAAAGACUCGAUGUGUGGCAGAAACUCCUUGAAUCCUCGACGAUGGUCCUCGUGCUGCUUUCCCGCGCCCUCCUCCGGGACGAGGUGCUGGGGAUCUGCUUCCCGGGGACUCUCAUCCGCACGAAUUCGGUGGUGCCGCUGUUCGUGGAGCCACUCGAGGAGGAGGAGAUCACGCCCACUCUCAAGCCCAUCAUCCACCGGUCUGGCGAAAAGAUCUACAGGCACGACUGGAACGCCAAGUCCUGCAUCCAGGCACUCCACAAGUCUUACACGUUUGACGUCCACUACGGCCGCGAGGUGUUCCUCCUGGAGCAGUUACUUGAGGAAAUAAGAAGUGAUGUAAAUUAUGUUUGCAGAUGUGGAAAGUGUUGACUUAUUUUUGUGUGUGUAAUUUUUGACAUUUGUCUUACAUCUUGAUGAAAGGUAGCCAGUGCCAAUCCAUAUAUAAACCUUGACCAGUGCGGCAUUUUCUUACUGUAGCUUGGUGUGAGACUUUUUCUCAAUAAAAAAAAUGAUUUGUUUGUAAUUUGCAAUUCAUUUGAAAUCCAUCAAUGCAAUGCAAAAUUAGACAUAUCCAAAGAUUUGUCACAGCUACUACUCUAAAAUGAUGUAUGCUUUUGUUUCAAAGGUGGCAUUACAAAUCCUUUAGUUUUAUAUAUAUGUAAAGUGAACACCUGUAGGUCUUCCAAAACAAAAUAAAAUAUCUAGAAUAA